AUAUUCGCUUGGAGAGAAAAAAAAAAAAAGAAAAAAAGAAAAAAUCAGUAUUUGGGUGUAGCACAGCGUCCCAUCUGUAGCAUGUAAUUGUUUCUUUUUAGUUUAGCUACCAGAGAAGAAGGGAGAGGAGAGUGGACUGCUUCUCUCUGCGGUUUUGUUUGCGCGCAGGAGAGAGAAAGAGAGAAUCUGGGUUCCCUUUUUCUCACGCUUUAUAGUCCUUCUAAGCGGUUAUUGGGGUUGAUUCCUUCUGUUAGAUCAGAUUUUUCAAGGGUUCAAGUUUUUAGCUCAAAGGGUUCGUGAUCCGACUCUACUUGGCCUCUUUUAACCUCGCUUUGGAUGCUGGGUGCGCCUACAAAUUUAAUAUAUGGUUCUUUGCUUUCGAAAUGAACGCAUCGGUUGAACAAUCUUCAAGUGCUCCAAGGGGAUUUCGAAUUCAAGCUCCACUGGUUGAUUCUGUGUCAUGCUAUUGCAAAGUAGACUCAGGCUUGAAAACAGUUGUUGGAGCUAGAAAAUUCGUCCCUGGCUCAAAAAUAUGUAUCCAGCCUGAUAUUAAUCCAAAUGCGCAUAGAAGUAAAACUUCACGGAGAGAAAGGACCCGAGUCCAGCCUCCGCUUCUACCAGGCCUUCCAGACGAUCUUGCCAUUGCUUGUCUGAUUCGAGUCCCUCGAGUGGAACAUAGGAAACUCCGCCUUGUUUGCAAGAGAUGGUAUCGACUUCUGAUGGGAAACUUUUAUUAUUCUCUAAGGAAAAGUCUUGGCAUGGCAGAUGAGUGGGUCUAUGUUAUCAAAAGAGACCGUGAUCGAAGGAUCUCAUGGCAUGCUUUUGAUCCGACCUACCAGCUUUGGCAAUCACUUCCACCCCUUCCCGUCGAAUACUCUGAGGCUCUUGGUUUUGGCUGUGCUGUUCUUAGCGGUUGCCACCUAUACUUAUUUGGAGGGAAAGAUCCGAUAAGGGGAUCGAUGAGGCGCGUGAUUUUCUACAGCGCCCGUACAAACAAAUGGCAUAGAGCACCUGAUAUGCUUCGAAAACGUCAUUGUUUCGGUUCUUGUGUUAUAAACAACUGCCUUUAUGUUGCUGGCGGUGAAUGUGAGGGGAUCCAGAGAACUCUUCGUUCUGCUGAAGUUUAUGAUCCCAACAAGAACAAAUGGAGCUUUAUUUCAGAUAUGAGCUCAGCUAUGGUGCCAUUAAUUGGUGUAGUUCAUGACGGGUUGUGGUUCCUUAAAGGACUCGGAGCUCGCAGAGAGGUCAUGAGCGAAGCCUAUUCUCCCGAAACUAAUACUUGGACAUCGGUUAGUGAUGGUAUGAUCGCUGGCUGGCGAAACCCAAGUAUUUCUUUGAAUGGACAACUUUAUGCCUUGGAUUGCAGUGAUGGAUGCAAGCUAAGGGUUUAUGAUAGUACAACAGACUCAUGGAACAAAUUCAUGGAUAGCAAGCUCCAUCUUGGAAGCUCUCAUGCUCUGGAGGCUGCUGCGCUCGUUUCGCUUAAUGGGAAGCUUUGCAUUAUACGCAACAACAUGAGUAUCAGCCUUGUCGACGUUUCGAGUCUGGAUAAAAGUGUCGAGAGCAAUCCUCACCUAUGGGAAAAUAUUGCUGGGAAAGGUCCCCUGAGGACGUUAGUUACAAAUUUAUUGUCGAGCAUAGCUGGGCGAAGCGGGUUGAAGAGUCAUAUUGUGCAUUGUCAAGUGCUCCAGGCAUGAGAAGAGGGAUUAGUUCUAGAAUUUGCUUUUGGCUUAGAGUUCUGAGACCAUUUCAUUACAUUCAUGAACAGAAAGCAAAUACUUGUAAGUAAAUCUUGUCCAUCAAUCAAUCAGUCUCAGACUAGUUUGUUUAUUUUGUGGGGGAUCUUAUGCUAUUACUAUGUAAUCUUAGAGAUGCCUUGUGAAUAUAAACAAUUCAUUAGAAUAUAAACAACAUUCGAUUUACGGGUC